UCUAAAUUCUUUCUUUCCCAUCAUAGUAGCUUCGUUUACUACAUCCUCCCUUCUCCAUCCCGGCUAUCAUCCGCUUCUCUUUUUCCUUCGGUGAUCUGCUCGCUGCACACAACCCUCAGUUUGAAUUUUGUGCCAUCUAGGCUGUUAGAAUUUCGACGCAAUGGCGGAUCGAAAGGACAACAACAAUUUCAAGCAAUACAGCUAUGAUGCUAUGUCAAACAAGGUCCUGCAGGUGGACCGGCGAUUUGUGUCGCGUCCAUCUGACGACAGCACCGGAGACCCCGAAUCCCUCGCUGGCAAGAUCAGGCUUUCUGACAUGGGAACUCGUGUAUCGCGUGAUACCGUGCCGACAGAUUCGAAAAACCGCAAGAAAGCAGUAUUAGAAGACGGCGCCAAGCGAAAGCAGAAAAAGAGCAAGAGUGACGAUAUCUCGGCGCUUACAGACACAAUCGAAGGCUUACGCUACAUCCCACGCACAAAUGAAACGCGCCAGACUUUCGAGCUGAUCCUGUCAUGGUCGCAAGAGCUCCUGGGCGAUGUAUCUCACGAUAUCGUCCGGUCAGCUGCUGAUGCAGCUCUUGAAAUCGUCAAGAUGGACGGCGUUCGUGAUUAUGACAAGAAGAAAGAGGUCGAGUCGAUCUUUGGAUCAAGCAUCUCAAACGAGCGCUUCAAUCAGCUUAUGAAUCUAAGUCGCAAGAUUACGGACUACGAGACUCCAGAUGCGGAUGUCGAAGCCACAGGGCAAGGUGUGGAUGACGAAGACGGUGUCGCCGUUUUGCUUGACGACGAGGAUGAGGAAGAGUCUUCAUCAGAUGAAGAUGACGAGGACGAUGAAGAAGAGGCAGAAGAUCGUCCGAUCGAGUUCGAGACUGGAGAUCUCUCAGAUGCCGACGGUGACGCUCUCGAAUCAACUCUUGAUGGCAAAAUCUCAUCCAAUGUCAAGCAGGAUAAAGAUGUCAUCCCAGCACAUACCAUCGAUGCCUUUUGGCUGCAGCGUGAAGUCGCCACUGUUUUUUCCGAUGCCCAUACAAUUCAAGAAAAGACGGCUCAAGUGAUGGAACACCUCGCCUCAGAAGCUUCUUUGCGUCAAGUUGAAAAUGAUCUGAUGGAGCUCUUCGAUUUUGAUCAUUUCGAAUUGGUGACCAAGCUCUGCAAAAAUCGCUCGCGAAUUGUUUGGUGUACGCGUUUUGCUCGUGUCACUGACGCUCCCUCGCGCAAGCUUUUGCUGGAAGAAAUGAGCGCUGCUGGACAAACCGACCUGCUGAAAGAACUUUUGGGUUCGGCCGAGAAUGCUCAGGCGACUGGUGAAGUGCGAGAUGAGUCCAUGAUGGAGCUCGAUACACUUGGAACCAAGCGGCGUGAACCCAAGCUGGUCGACCUUGACUCUAUGGUGUUCGAUGAAGGCAGCCAUCUUCUGUCGACAACCAAGAUCAAACUCCCCGAAGGAUCGUUCAAACGCCAGACAAAGCAAUACGAGGAAAUUCACGUGCCUCCGCCCAAGCCAAAGAAUGACCCGAACGAGAAGUUGGUCAAGAUCGCAGAGAUGCCGGACUGGACUCGGAUAGCUUUCCCAGACUCGGACAGUCUUAACAGAGUCCAGAGCAAGCUCUAUCCUGUUGCUUUUGGGGAUGACGAGAAUCUGCUUCUUUGCGCCCCCACUGGUGCAGGAAAGACCAAUGUUGCACUGUUAACUAUCCUCCGCACAAUCUCUCAGUAUCGUAACCCAGAUACUGGUAAGAUUGACCUCGAUGACUUCAAGAUUGUGUAUAUUGCGCCACUCAAAGCUCUUGUCCAGGAGCAAGUCCGCGAAUUCGGCCGCAAGCUUGAGCCAUUUGGUAUCCGCGUCGAUGAGCUUACUGGUGAUAGCCAGCUCACCAAAGAGCAAAUUUCGAAGACUCAGAUGAUUGUCACUACACCUGAGAAAUGGGAUAUCGUCACAAGAAAAGCUACAGAUAUCAGCUACACCAACCUUGUCCGACUGAUUAUCAUCGACGAGAUUCAUCUUCUUCACGACGAGCGUGGUCCUGUCAUCGAAAGCAUUGUCGCACGUACUCUUCGCCGUAUGGAGGGUAGUUCGGCCGAGCCUGUCAGAUUAGUUGGAUUGUCUGCAACACUGCCUAACUACAAUGAUGUUGCAACAUUCCUACGUGUCAAUCCUGAGAAGGGCGUUUUCUUUUUCGACUCUUCGUUCAGACCUUGCCCGCUCGGUCAGCAAUUCGUGGGCAUCACCGAGAAGAAGGCUUUCAAACGCUAUCAGGCCAUGAACGACGCUUGCUACGACAAAGUAAUGGAGAACGCUGGAAAAUACCAGAUGAUCAUCUUUGUCCAUUCGCGAAAGGAAUGCGCAAAAACCGCUCGCUUUAUUCGGGAUAAGGCUAUCGAGCUCGAGACAAUCACAUCUAUUCUGAAGACCGAUGCUGCAUCUCAUGAGGUUUUGAAGCAAGAAAGUGAAAAGACCGCAGACAAAGAGAUGCGCGAUCUGCUGCAAUAUGGAUUUGCGAUCCAUCAUGCUGGACUUUCUCGUGAUGAUCGUAAGCGCGCGGAAGAUUUGUUCGCUAGCGGAUACAUCCAGGUUCUAGUCUCGACCGCGACGCUGGCUUGGGGUGUCAAUUUACCCGCCCAUACCGUCAUUAUCAAGGGUACUCAGAUUUAUUCUCCAGAGAAGGGUAAAUGGGUCGAACUGUCACCACAGGAUGUUCUGCAGAUGCUUGGUCGCGCCGGACGACCUAGGUACGAUACAUCUGGAGAGGGUAUUAUUAUCACUGCCCACUCAGAGCUCCAAUACUACUUGUCUCUCAUGAAUCAGCAGCUUCCGAUUGAGAGUCAGUUUAUGGCGAAGCUGGCCGACAAUCUCAAUGCUGAAAUCGUGUUGGGAACGGUUAGGUCGAUCGAUGAGGCAGUCAAGUGGUUGGGUUAUACGUAUCUUUAUGUGCGGAUGUUGAGAUCGCCUGCGCUAUAUCGGGUUGGUGCAGAGUACGCAGACGACGAGACUUUGGAGCAAAAGAGAAUGGAUCUGGCCCACUCAGCGGCCGUUAUUCUUGAGCAGAGCAACCUUCUUCGCUAUGACCGGAAAUCUGGGAAACUUCUGCCUACAGAGUUGGGAAGGAUUGCCUCGCACUACUAUAUCUCACAUACUUCGAUGGGUACCUACAAUCAGCACCUCAAGCCGAUCUUGACACCGAUUGAGAUUUUCCGCAUUUUCUCGCUGUCUGAAGAAUUCAAGUUUAUCCCCGUGCGUCAGGAGGAAAAGCUUGAACUGGCGAAACUUUUGGAACGUGUACCGAUUCCGGUGAAGGAAACUAUUGAGGAACCAUCCGCAAAAAUCAACGUCCUGCUCCAGGCCUACAUUUCAAGACUGAAGCUCGAUGGCUUUGCGCUGAUGGCAGAUAUGGUGUAUGUGACGCAGUCCGCGGGUCGUCUCCUUCGUGCGAUCUUCGAGAUUUGCUUGAAGCGCGGGUGGUCGCAGGUCUCAAAGACUGCGCUGGAUGUCUGCAAAAUGGUGGAACACCGGAUGUGGCUCAGCAGCUCUCCUUUCCGGCAAUUCCCGUCGUGUCCGCCCGAAGUCAUCAAAAAGACUGAAUCAUCGCAGAUGCCUUGGGCGAAGUACUUCGAGCUCACCGAUCCUGGUGAGGUGGGACAGGCAAUCAAGGUCGAGCGUUAUGGACGGUUGGCGUAUAAUCUGUUGAAGAAUUUCCCGCGAGUGGAGAUGCAGGCUCAUGUGCAACCCAUCACGCGCUCGCUUUUGCGUGUUGAGUUGACAAUUACUCCGAUUUUCGAAUGGGAUCCCAACGUUCAUGGAAAUGCAGAGUCAUUCUGGAUCAUUGCCGAAGAUUGUGAUGGCGAGAACAUCCUGUAUCACGACCUUUUCGUCGUCCGGCGGCAAUAUGCACAGGAAGAACAUAUCGUUGAGUUCACCAUUCCUAUCGCUGAACCCGUUCCCCCGAAUUACUUCAUCUCUGUCAUCUCGGAUCGUUGGCUGCACUCCGAGACGAAAUUGGCUGUUUCGUUCCGUCACCUGAUUUUGCCCGAACGCUUCCCUCCACAUACCCAGCUUCUUGAUCUGCAGCCGUUGCCCGUUUCUGCGUUGAAGGAUCCUGACUUUAUUGCUCUCUAUCCCCAGAUCGAUACGUUCAACAAGAUCCAGACCCAGGUCUUCAAUACUCUUUUUAAUACCGACGACAACGUGUUUGUGGGUGCUCCCAGCGGUAGCGGAAAGACCGUCUGUGCGGAGUUUGCUCUUCUUCAUCAUUGGAAGAAAUCUGGAGAUCCUGGUCGGGCGGUUUAUAUUGCACCGUUCCAAGAGCUGGUUGACGAGCGCCAUCGCGAUUGGUCGCGCCGCUUGUCUCAAGUUGCGAACGGCAAACGUAUUGGGAAAUUUACUGGCGAGCUCACCGCUGACUUGAAGAUUCUGGAGCAGUCAGAUCUUGUGCUCGCGACGCCGACUCAAUGGGAUAUGGUUUCGAGACGCUGGCAGCAGCGAAAGAACGUGAAGAGCGUGCGCUUGUUCAUUGCGGAUGACUUGCAUAUGAUCGGUGGCCAGAAUGGCUCAGCUUAUGAGAUUAUCGUCUCACGCAUGCGAUAUGUCGCCGCUCACACCGAAAACCCGCUGCGGAUCGUUGGUAUCUCUGUGUGUCUUUCCAACGGUCGCGAUCUUGGCGAAUGGAUUGGCGCCAACUCGCACAGUAUCUACAAUUUCUCACCGAAAGACAGACCGACGCCAUUUGAGAUUCAUCUGCAGGGAUUCUCGAUCAGCCAUUUCCCUUCGCUUAUGAUUGCCAUGUCUAAGCCAACAUACCUGGCAAUCGAGCAGCUUGGCCAGAACCAACCGUCAGUUGUGUUUGUGCAUAGCAGACAGCAGUGUCUUGAUACCACUCUUGAGCUACUGAGAUACUGUGAGGCGGAUGGUGAAGAAGACAAGUAUCGGAAGGCGCCGCUCGAAGACUUGGAGCCACAUCUCAACAACAUCCGGGAACCCAAUCUCCGGGAAAGUCUGAGAAAUGGUAUCGGAUACUGCUAUGAGUCGAUGCACGCGAGCGAUAAGAUCAUUGUGGAGAAGCUGUUUGAAGCUGGAGCGAUUCAGAUCAUUGUCGCUGCUAAAGAUGUUGCAUGGUCGCUUUCUGUUAGAUCAUUCCUUGUAAUCGUUAUGGGAACUCAGGUUUAUGAAGGAAGAGAGCAUCGCUAUAUCGAUUAUCCUGUCAGCGACAUUCUGAAGAUGAUUGGUCACGCCUGUCGCCCUGGAAUUGAUAGCAUUGGCAAAACAGUUAUCAUGACGCCGUCCUCGAAGCGCGAGUACUACAAGAAGUUCCUCAACGAGGCUCUUCCGAUCGAAUCUCAUCUCAAUAUGUUCCUGCACGACGCGUUCAUUACUGAGAUCAGUGCCAAGGUUGUUGCUUCUCAGCAAGAUGCGGUUGAUUGGUUGACGUUCUCAUACUUCUAUCGACGACUACUCGCCAAUCCCAGUUUCUAUGGUGUGCUGGAUGUGUCUCAUCAAGGUCUCAGCGAGUAUCUCUCUGAUCUAGUGGAGACCACACUCAAGGAUCUCGAGGAAGCAAAGAUGAUUGAGAUUGAUGAGGACGAGGAUGAUAUUGCGCCGUUGAACAACUCGAUGAUCGGAGCUUACUACAACAUCUCGUUCAUCACUAUGCAGGCCUUUUCGUUGUCUCUUACUUCAAAGACCAAGCUCAAGGGUAUUCUGGAGAUUGUCACUGCCGCUGCAGAGUACGAGGCUGUGCCGAUUCGCCGUCACGAGGACGAUAUCUUGAAGCGCGUUUACGAUCGCGUUCCUAUCAAGAUGGCGCCUGAGAAUCUGUCCUAUGACUCGCCUCACUUCAAGGCUUUUGUGCUGCUGCAAGCUCAUUUCCAGCGCAUUGGACUUCCUGCAGACUUGGAUGCUGAUCAGAGAACUGUCCUGUCAAAGAUCUUGAACUUGCUCUCUGCUUGUGUUGAUGUUAUGUCGAGCGAUGGUCAUUUGAACGCCAUGAACGCCAUGGAUUUGAGCCAGAUGGUUGUUCAGGCUGUCUGGGACCGGGACAGUCCAUUGAAGCAGAUCCCGCACUUCACACGCGAUGUCGUUGAGAGAUGCAAGGCUGAAGGUGUUGAAUCCGUGAUUGACAUUAUGAUCUUGGAAGACGACAAACGAAACGAGCUGUUACAGAUGAACGAUCGCGAUCUUUCCGAUGUCGCACGCUUCGCCAACAAGUAUCCCAGCAUCGAUAUGUCAUACGAGCUUGUGAACCCUGAUGAGAUUGUGGCUGGAGAGCCUGCUGAGCUUGUGGUCACUCUAGAAAGAGAUGUUGAUGAAGAGGACGAGCCUGUUGAUCUGACAGUCUACGCUCCACUGUAUCCGACGCCGAAGUUGGAGAACUGGUGGCUUGUUAUUGGAGAAGCGUCGUCGAAGCAGCUGCUCGCUAUCAAGCGUGUUACGAUCCCCAAGGCCGAGCAGAAAACGAAACUGGAGUUUGUUGUUCCAGUCGCUGGCAAGCACAAGUUGACUGUGUGGUGUAUGUGCGACUCGUAUGUGGAUGCCGAUAAGGAGAUGGAGUUUGAGGUCGACGUUGCCGAAGGGGAGGAAGAAGAGGAAGAAGAGGAGGGGGAUGAAGAUGCGAUGGAAGAGUAGAGUUACUACGAUUAUUUGAUUUUGAUUUGUUUUUUAUCUGUAUAAUAUUUAUUUGACAUUUAUAUGCUUGCACUGUCAUGGGAACCAGUCGUAUGAAAUUACAGACUACUAUCUAAAGGCUCGCUGUGAGCUUCUAGAAAGUAGCUACUACUACUUACGAACUCAUUUAGAGCACCGACAUCAGCAUCGUUUAUUGUCGUAUUGGAGACAUCUGCCUGGCCAGUACUGGAAAGCAGACUACCGUCGGAAAAUGUCAAUCUCGUGGAAUCGGUCUGGAGACUGUCGAGAUCUGCGUGCGAGGACAGAAUGACGCUGCCUUCUUCGAUGCAUA